UGCUUUGUAACUUCUACUCGGGCGGAAGGUAGCAAAUCGGCAGGGAGUGUAUACUACUCUUGCUUAAAUGAUCGUCAUUAACUGCACUACCACGGGUUGAGUUUUUAAUUGGUCUCAACGUUUCGACCAUUUUGCUCCAGUCAUCGUCAGAAGACUGAAGAGAUGGGAGACAAGUGGGCCUGUUUAUGGUUUCAGAGGUUUCAGUGUACAUGUUUCUUGUAAACUCAGUGCAGCAAUAACAGUUGGUGUUAACAGUGGAAUGCGCUGUAUCAUCUAACAAUAGCUGUUAAACUUGAGUAUUCUUGCCCUUUGUUGAUAUUGACAUACGACAGUGGAAUGUGUUUUAUCACCAAACAAUAGCUUUAAAACUUGACUGCUUUUUUGUUUUCUUCGUCGCGAUCAUUGGCAUGGUGUUCCAGUAUUGAUUAUACUAUACAGACGACAAAUGAAAUGAAAGGUUGGUUUGUCUUAACCGUAGCUGUAGCAACAGCCCAUUAAACAUGGACACGGUCUUUAGCAGUCUGUGACAUCAACUGUUGAUCCUCGACAUCGCAGCUAACCAAUCAGCUAGCAGAUAAUCACCGACACUCAGUGGCUUAAGGUCGUUUGCACGACAUAGAUAACCGAACAGCAAUUGAAACAGUUUUGUUCAUAAACGGGGUGCAAAAUAAGAAAUCACCAACAUAACUGUUUGAUCACAAAUAUCAAGUGCAAUGGGUAGUUGGGUUCUUUUAACCGUAGCUUUUGUAUCAGCCCUUGUUGGUUUAAGUCAAUCCUGUUCACCAUGCCCGUUCCAAUGGAUGGAGAAUGGGAACUAUUGCUACCGAUAUUUUCCUGAAGACCUCUCCUACAAUGAAGCUGAGAUGUUCUGUAAGCAGUUCAGCCACACUGGACAUGUUGCUGAACUGGCCACAGUAUCGACCCUUGAGGAACUCACGUUCAUCAUGGGGUACUUGGACAACGUGUACGUCAAUGUACCAGCGGCAAACAUCCCAAUGAAUGUAUGGCUAAUGAACAUCACUCAGAAUAUUCCUGAUAUUGUUCCGAUUCUUGACCGAACCAUGGGUCCUACGAAGAGCCACGUCUCGUCAUGUGACUCCGUUCCAGUAAGUGGAGACUGGUUUCAACUCGGCGGAGAUACGAACCUGAUUGAAAUAGUUCCUGCUCCUGACGUCAUUGAUCACGCAUGCGCUGUGUACGCAAAAACAGGUGUAUACUUAGACAUUGGUGACUUCAGUGGGACUUGUGUAUCUGACCCGGAUCUCUGUGAGUCAAUGACGUGGUUUUUAUGGCUUAAGAUAGAUACGUCAUCAGGCUUUACUGGUGAAAGGUACUACAUCAGCUCUGGGGAACAAACGAGCCAGGCCAGGGGUCUGGCUUUUCUGUUUUACACUGAUCGUUUUAGGUACGGGAUAAAAACAUUAAGUUCCAGUUACGUAGCACAGUAUUCCAUGUCCAAGAUACCUCAAAACAUUUGGUUUCACUUGACUUUAACCUUCGAUGCUAUGGCGGUUGGUGACGCGAUCCAGCUGUAUGUCAAUGGUGUUGCAGUUGCAAGAGAUUCAUACGAGACGAUUGCGGGAGCAGCGUCUGACGGGUGUACAAAGCUUUACAUGGGCCACUCCAACACUUGCAGCGUCGUAUACGAUUCUAUUUACGGUGGGUCUGCGGCUUACAGUGAUUUGACGGUCUUUGACGGUCUUCUAACUCAAGAUCAGAUACGAGAUAUGUAUUCAUGCGGAUCACAUGAAUGGGCUCUAAUGGUUCGUAGUCUGGUCAUGAAGAGCAACCGGGAGUACGAGUGCGUGGCUAGCGACCCAUCUGGGCCCAUCAUUACAUGGAGUCUGUAUCACAAACAAACCGAUAGUUGGGAGAAUUUAGACACUUCAGGAGAUGACUACACGAUCCAAUCAGUGAAUGUUUCUACGUGUGUAGUUCGCUCUACAUUGGUGAUGAGUUCAAGUCAAGUUAGUCCGACGGCCGUUGCAUGCACAGCUCAAGCUGGAUCAAACAAAGCAUCUGUGACGAUCUAUACAGGCAAGAAGAUGACGUUCAGUUUCAGUGAUCAGAAACAUACCGGAAUUCCAAUAUUUGCAGAGGGAAGUUUGGUUCACUUCACCAACAAAUUUGGCUACGAGCAAGAUGGAUCCAGCCCGAUAGAUCAGGCUAAAUACCCCUUUAUCUGUAAGAUACCCGAUAAGAUGCAUUGAAGAAGAAAUACACUUUUGUUUUGCUAGAUCAGGCUAAAUAGAGCUUUAUAUGUAAGAUACCCGAUAAGAUACAUUGAAGAAAAAAACAAUACUUUAUGUUUUGCUAGAUCAGACUGAAAACUCAUUCAUAAAUACCUCAGACAGUUUCGCUAUCCUAUUGGUGGAGAGCGCGUUACGUGGGGGUGUUUAAACCUUUGAUAAUGACCAUUGUUUAUGACCGGUUGUGAGCAGGAAAGUUUCUUCAUUCCUAUUGGUCGAGAGCAACGGCUGGAACAGUUGUGCCACAUCACGCGAUACGCGCGACGCGCACAGCAAUCUCCUUGUAAGGAGUUGUUUACCCGAGGGCCUUACCACUGCAUAGCUGGAGGGUUGUUGUAUUUAAGAAAAUACUUGAACAGUUAUAAUGUUUGCAUUUAUUUGUUUUUGUUUUUUUGAUGACCAAUUGAAUACAAAAUUUACAAGUUUGUGUUACUUUAUACAUGUUGGGAUUCACCGAGUGAGAAUACUAGUCUUUAACAACUACAAAUGGGGUCCAGUACCUUUAAGCAACAACCCAGUGUUGAUUGAGUUUGUGAUAUGUAAGAUUUAUGGCGUUUGUUAUGCUUUCCCUUGCGUUUUUUGAAAUUUACUACAUACAUUUUGUGAGCUUAUUUAGUUGAACGUGUGUGGCUCUCUUGCCUUCAAUCAACGUAAAAUGUAAAAUGUAUUCAUUUUGUGAAUAAUUAUGUUCAUAAUUACGUAUUUUAUGUUUAAUUACUGAGAAAUUGCACAACUUUAUGACGAAAACAAAAUCCAUGAAGUACAUGAUCAAAUAAGCUCAAUCCGAUAACUUACUUCAUAGGGAAGGUACACGUUUGGUAAUUACUCAAAACAAAUAUCAACUUAAAAACUUACUUGGUAACGAGCG